UUCUGUUGUCUGCAGGUAUUUCUGAACUGACAGCUUUUCAGUGUAGACAUCCGCUGUGACAAGACGUCUCGGACUCGGAGCUCUCUUACCACACAAACACACAGUGUUGACGCCAAAUCCAAUUUGUAACGUGAACCUCUACAUCCUGGUUCCUCCCUUAUAGACGUCAUCAUGUCUUCCAAGAUGGUUGUACAGCAGCCUCAGCCUGUGAUGGAUACCCGAGAAUCAGAACAGUGGGGAUCUGGGAUAUGUGACUGGCAUGAGGACGUACACGAGUGUUGUCUCGGUUUCUGGUGCUGUCCCUGCUUCGCCUGUGUAACCACCAAGGAAUAUGGCCAGUGUCUCUGUCUCCCCCUGUUGGACAUCUUCGGCCUCAUCCCUCCCAUCACCUUGUCCAUGAGGGUCGCCAUGCGGCAGCGCUAUGGCAUCAAAGACACCAUCUGCAAUGACUGCGUGUGCGCGACCUUCUGCAGGGCAUGCACCUGGUGUCAGAUGUCCAGAGAGAUGAAAAGAAGAAACAUCCCAAUCGUUCUAGUCAGCGCCAAGAACACAUGACCUCUCUCCUCACUCGUCAUCACAACAACAACCAGGGCUGUCACAUAUUUCAAGUAAACCACAACAUGCUAGAACCACACUGUAGACUGAAGCCCUAUUGAGGUUAGCUCAGAUGGUUAACCUCACAACGCCCCAGCAUCUUUCUACAGGAAAUUAGUUUUUGUUGUCUUUUCCCUUGUAUUAUUAUUUUUCCACCCGAGACUAAAACUCUUAUAUCUGAUCCUAGUAAAAUAUUAAAAGUCCAUUGACAUAUAGGAAACUGUUCUUCUCUGGGGUUCAUUAUAAAAGUCUGUUUAAUAGUUUAAAAUGUAAUACUUCUUGUACAUUUUUAACUAUAUUUAGUUCAGCAAUUUGUAAUAAUAAUAAUUAUUAUUAAUAUCUGACAUGUUGCAAUUAUCAAACAGACAUUUAGCAAUUUAAAAUAAAUUAUUUUUUUGUUUCAUAGAAAUACA